CUGAGUAUGAAUUUAACACUAGCACGUAAAAUACACAUAUGCAUGGGUUGUACCAGAAGACCACCUCUCUCUCUCGACACAGCGGUGGGAAGGAGCCUGCUUGAGAUUCUCAUUUUGAGUCUGAGCAUGUCAUAUUGUUUUGAAGCGCAGCUGCCAGCCUAACGAACAACUAAUGAUAACGUUAACGGUGCCGGCGCCAGCUCCCUACUCAAAUUACACGCGAACUCGUAUCAGACGACGCUUGCUCAAAGGUUCGACAGGGACCCAUGGUGGCCGGCCGGCCAUCAAAAAUCUGCUAUCUAUAGACGGACCUCGGGCCAGCUUGGUCUCAAAUCUGUAGUAUCUUCGGACAGACAUAUGUAGGAGCUUCCGGGGGCCUCUUCUUGCCCUUAUGUUCUAUCAUGCGCGAGGCAUUCUCUAUCUCGAUCUAUUUCAAUUCGCCCUAUCUCUCGUACCGCCAUGAUUGCGCGGCAGAAUGACGAGGAGACACUCCUUCUGCAACGACCACAGCAGCCAACGACUAGGACACCUCUGCCCUGGGAUCAAUUAUGGAUCAUACUGUUCUCACAGCUGUCAGAUCCUCUUUCUUCUAAGACCCUUGUCCCGUUUAUUCCCAACAUCGGAGUUGGUCGCUAUGUCGGCAUCCUUCAAUCAUCAUACUAUGCAGCUAAUGCGCUGACUCCUGUAAUACUAACAGCUCUAUUAGCAAUUUCGGUUUCGAUGUUUUCGUUUGGGCUGUCGAAGACCUUCCUUGGUCUGGUGCUUAGUCGUGCUGUCUGCGGAGCAUUUAAUGGGAGCAAUAGUGUCAUCAAGAGCGUGGUGAUGGACAUCGCUGACGUGACCAAUAUGCCCAAGGCAUACAGUUAUAUGCCAAUUCCGUGGAUGAUCGCAGCCAUAGCUGGACCACUCAUUGGGGGAUCGUUCUCCCGACCGGCAGACAGAUUCCCUGACAUCUUUGGGCGGUCAGAACUCCUGAAAACCUACCCAUAUAUCCUGCCAUGCUUCUAUUUCGAUGAUUUUUUCACGUAUUUCCGUCUUAAAGAGUGUGGUAACAAGAGCGUUUCUACUAGGAUACCGCCUUGGGAGUUAAUCAAAAGAGGGUUUUUGGGACAGUCAUACGCAAAUCCUCGCCAGCCAUCGAGCAAUGUGCUAGUUAAUCCUGGGGAAGCGAAUCAUGGAGAAGUCCAAUCAAAGCCGUUUCCGCUGCGCGCCUUGCUAACCCCGAAAGUUUCGACCGCAACAGCAAGUUAUGCCACCACGGGCCUGUUUCACAUCGCGUUUAAUUCGGUCGUACCUGUUUUCUAUGCUACACCAAUUGAACUUGGUGGCCUUUCCCUUGACCCUCCUCGCAUCGGCGCUAUACUUGCGGCAUCAGGUGUCGUGCACGGCAUAUUUCAGCUUGUUUUCUACGCUCGUUUACAUGACCACUUCGGUGCAAGAGCUAUCCAAAUCACUGGCAUUAGUUCCGGCAUACCAAUCGUCAUUUUAUUUCCAGUGAUCAAUGCUCUGGCUCGAGCCCAUGGGAUAGGUUUGGCUGUGUGGCUGUGUGUUGCCAUCCAGCUUGCGCUGACGACUAGCCUGACCUCCUGCUUAGCAUUAUUCAUCAGAGCAGCCACUCCAAAUCGUGCCUCGCUCGGAGCAACCAAUGGAAUCGCCCAGAUGUUUGACGCAGGAGCCAAAAUCAUUGGUCCAGCGUCUGCAGCUUCAUUGGUAUACUACUUCUUGACGGCAGUUGCAUUUCUCGCAGUAGGCGCUUCUCUAUUGCUUCCCCGAGAUCCCAGUGUAUGGGAAGAUCACCAAUAA